UUACAGCAACUUGCCUGUAGGUUAAUUAUGGGAAACACGUUAGAAGGCCAAGCUGCACAAGUGGAUGUAAUUAUAAUAGGCGGCGGACCGACUGGGCUUGGUGCAGCGUACAGCAUGGUUACAAAACGCUGUCCAGUCAUUACGAGUAUUUCGACAAAAUGAUUGACGCAUUUUACUGCCCGGAUAACGGCCGUGUUAUGGAGACAAGGAAACGGAAUAACUUCGUUUAUAUUCGAGGAAAAUUGGUCAAAUACCCAGUUCAAAGUAACCUGGGUGGGUUGCCAGUAUCAGAGAAGCAAGCCUGUGUUAUGGAUCUUGUAAAAGCGAAGCUGGAAGCCAAGGAAGCUGAUAAAGAUAAAAAACAUGCCAAUUUAGAUGAGUUCUUGGUAUCGGAAUGGGGGGAGACCCUUUGUAAUUUGUUCUUUCGUCCUUAUAUAUUCAAAUCGUGGGCCUACCCUACAGGAAAGUUAAGAUCUGACUGGGUUCAGAUCAAAAUACCCCCAGCUGAUCUCAGUGAAGAUUUGAAACGCGUUAUGAACGACGAGCAAGAGGAUCCAGGUUGGGGAACAGAAGCUGAAACGAUGUAUCCAAGCAAAGGGGGAUUGGUAGGCGUGUGGAGAAGCAUUUCGAAAUCGCUGCCCAAGUCGAACGUGAGGUUUAAGAAUGAAAUAUCUGAGCUUGAUAUCGAGGAGAAAAAGAUUGUUACAAAGGGAGGCUUGGAGAUAAAAUACAAGCAAUUAAUCAGCACCAUGCCUCUGACAUCACUGCUUGAACUUUCUGGCCGUUCAGACUUAGCUGAGAAUAUGGUCAGUUCAUCUCUCUUCGUUGUUUGCUUGGGCGUUAGAGGCGCCACCAACCAUACGGAUGUUUCAGGUUGCAUUUAUUACCCGGAAUCCGACACUAUCUUUCAUCGAGCUUGCGUCUUCUCAAACUACGACCCAGACAGUCUCCCACCCCCUGAUACUAAGCUACACACGAUAAGGUUGGCAAAGUCAGCGUCGAAUGAGGAAAACACUGAAGAGAAGGCUGGACCUUAUUGGUCUCUAAUGCUCGAAGUUAGCGGGGGACCGCUGAAAACAAUCCAGGAAGCAACAGUUGUUGAUGACGUCAUAAGAGACGCUUGUUCUGUUGGUCUAUUACGCGACGAUGACGAAAUUGUUUCAAUCCAUCUCACAGAAAUGACCCACGGCUACCCCUUGCCUACCAUAGGCGGCUAUGAAAGGGUGGAUGAAGCACUUCGGUGGCUUAAAGCCAAAGACAUCUGGAGCCGCGGUCGCUUCGGUGCAUUUAAAUACGAGGCUGGCGACCUGGACCAUUGUCUAAUUCAAGGUGUAGAGGCGGUUGAUAAUAUGCUUAAGGGCAUCCCGGAGCGUUGUAUACGAGAACCGAUGGAGGCCAACCGUGCAAUAAAGCAUCAUCUGCCAUCAUACGAUGUACCAACGCUAAGCGACGUGGGAAGUUUAUCAGCGCCGGAAAUCCACGUCGAAGAGAACGGUAGCAUCGUUAGUGACGACACAAUUGAUCCUCUUGUGACGUCCGACUCGGAACAAAGCAUAAACGCAGGCAGCGUGCGCAGCGCUAUUACGAUAGAACCGAACGCACCGAGCGACGCAGAGUCGGGUUGAAAAGUAUUUGAAUUAAAUGUUAUAUGCGUGUGCUAUGUACCAAAGUUGUACCCAUCACUAUGCCAAGUAUUUAUUUUCUCCAGUAGCACAUGACUGAAGCAUUGCUGAACGAGUUGACCGCAGUAAGCUUCACAAUGCCACUAUUCCAGUUUAACCGGUUACGCGAUAAAGCAUGAGUAAUUAACCGACCGUAUUUAUACAUAGAAAAUGUUAUAUUAUGUGUACCGUGUAGUGCUUUAGUAUUCAGGUUCUACCCGUCUAAGGUUUGCCCAUGCACUUAGUGUCUAAUAUCAGGACACAGGCUUAGCGCGUUUAUUCACGGUUGUCGUGUAUCCUAUAAGAAGCUUAAGCGGCCGCUAUUAGUAGUUUCUUUUCCCUAUGCUGCUUAAUGUGUUUGCAGUUUAUAAUGUUUUGUGACGAAACUGUCGCUGUUUAAAUAUACAAGAAGAACGGGUGUAUGUUUGUGUAUAAGUUUUAUAAAUGCAUAUUAAAGAA